UUAUUUGAUUGUCGGGGACAAACCGGAACGAGGCGUUAUCAUAUCAUAUGCCUGCGCCUGAAAGGCGGAGGCUACAGAUCUGACCAUCCCCUUCCCUCCGCCCAGGCCUCAAGGCAAUGCCGGAGUCAUUCCUUGGAGGCCAUCAUUAUUCACGUCAUGGCUAUUGAAUACCGAUCAUGAUUUUGUGCAAAUAAAAGAAAAUGAAUGAAUAAAAUCCGCUUGUCAUCUUCCAUUCUCUCCCUCUGCAAUUCUCUCUUCGUGUGAGGGGGGAGCGCGCCUCCUCCUGCACCGCCCCUGCGCACCAAUGGCUUUUCACCGGCGGCGUCUCCACUAUCACCAGCGCUUCCGCUUUCUGAUUCCGUUCAUUUCUGCCAUCGUCGCUGCUUUACUCAUUCUCUUCGCUCUCCUUUCCCUUUUAGCUCCUUCUCCUGUUGAUACCGCUCAUCUUCACCGGAGCCGCCGCCAAUACUCGUUUGAAGCCGAAGCCGACGAUGCGAUUGGAGUACCCUCGUUUCGUGUUCCGGCCGAUGGAGGAAAGUUAGAUCGCGAUGUCUGGAGCACUAGAAAUUCCGAGUUUUUUUCCGGCUGCAGCAAUGCAAGCGCCAAGUUUCCAAAAGCUGAAGUGAUUACGCAACCUAAUCGAUAUUUGAUGAUUGCAACAAGUGGAGGGUUGAAUCAGCAAAGAACAGGGAUUACAGAUGCUGUUGUUGCUGCACGAAUUUUGAAUGCUACUCUUGUUGUUCCAAAGUUGGACCAGAAAUCUUAUUGGAAAGAUUCUAGUAACUUCUCACAGAUAUUUGAUGUUAAUUGGUUUAUCUCCUAUCUGAAAAAUGAUGUCAAAAUUAUCAAGCAACUCCCUAGAAGGGGAGGGAAAACGUUAACUCCGUACACCAUGCGUGUUCCAAGGAAGUGCAAUGAAAGAUGCUAUAUAAACCGUAUAGUACCUGUACUUCUGAAGAAGCGGGCUGUCCAGCUCACCAAGUUUGACUAUAGGCUUUCUAACAGGUUAAGUACAGAUUAUCAGAAGUUGAGAUGUAGAGUUAAUUACCAUGCUUUAAGGUUCACUGACCCGAUAACAGCAAUGGGUAAAAAGUUGGUCAAUCGAAUGAGGAGGAGAAGCAAGCAUUAUAUUGCACUGCACCUGAGAUUUGAACCUGAUAUGCUUGCAUUUUCUGGAUGUAAUUAUGGUGGAGGAGAGAAAGAACAGAAGGAACUGGGGGCAAUAAGGAGGAGGUGGAAGACAUUACAUAGGAACAAUCCUGACAAGGCAAGGAGACAGGGAAGAUGCCCAUUAACCCCUGAAGAAGUUGGUCUCAUGCUAAGAGCACUGGGGUAUGGUGCUGAUGUUCACAUCUAUGUAGCAUCAGGGGAAGUCUAUGGUGGGGAAGAAACACUGGCGUCUCUCAAAGCGCUAUUUCCUAACUUCCAUACAAAAGAGACCAUUGCUACCAAGGAGGAAUUAGAACCAUUUUCCUCAUUUUCUUCUCGCAUGGCUGCACUUGACUUCAUUGUUUGUGAUGAAAGCGAUGUAUUUGUGACCAACAACAAUGGAAAUAUGGCUAAAAUAUUAGCUGGGCGAAGGAGAUAUUUUGGGCACAAACCAACUAUUCGUCCAAAUGCUAAAAAACUCUAUCGGUUGUUCUUGAGCAGAACUAACAUGACUUGGGAAGUUUUUGCUUCUGGAGUUCGUACUUUCCAGAGAGGCUUUAUGGGGGACCCAAAGGAACUUAGACCAGGAAGGGGUGGGUUUCACGAGAAUCCCUUUACCUGUAUAUGUGAAGAUUCUGUGGCCAAUAAAAGUACAAUUUCUGGACCAAGAAAGUUUGGGAAGGAUGUGACAAAGAGACAUGUAAUAGAUGGGGACCCUAAAGUUGACAAUGAGCCUGAUAAUGACGAUGAUGAAGAUCAGAAUGAUAUCCAAGAGAUGGGUAUGUUCAAUGAAACCAAUUCAGAUUAUGAAGCUCUGAACUCUGAUGAUAAUGAGCUCGAGGAAAUUCUUUCUGAUUAGUGAAGCUGGUCAGACGACAUUGCUGGAUCUUGACUAUUGUGAUUUCCCCCCCGCUUUGCACUCCCUUGAAUGGCUAUCGCCUGAGCCAAAAUGCCAUAUAAUAUCCAAGCAUACUGGAAAUUGGGAAUGUGUGCACAUCUUUCUUAACAAUGCCUGAAGAUUUGGUGGCUGUGAUAUGGCAUUUUUCUCGAAAUUAUGAUUUCAGGAGCGUGUUGUACAUCCAAAGGACAUGAUGGCCUCAGUUUGAAGAUGGAUCGCUUUAGGACUGCAUAUUCCAAUUUAAAAUAUACCAGGAUCAGAAGUGAGCAUUGGGAAUGGGAAUGAACGUAAGUACGAAAUUCAGAGUUUUCUUGUAUUAAGUUUGAUAGACUAUAUAUCUUCGUCCACAAAAUUCAUUUCUGUUGGUAUUGUAUAUAUUCCUCCUUCUGGCCACCCAGGGCUAACGUAGUUAACUGAUCUCACCUUCAGUGAUGAGAGGAAGACAUCUGUAGUUUUGCACCAAAAGAGGGUGAUGGUGUGAUUGCGUAAGAAAGAGGGAGGGGAAGGGGGUGAUACUUACGGUCAUUAGCGGUGGAUGAUUUUUCUAUUCGUUUUUCCAAGGUUUUUACUUCUUGAUAUUUAAUAUCUAAUCUGGCACUGUAGACUAGUGGGAUUCUCUUUACCGGCUGAGACUCACUGAAUUGAUAGUUUUAAAAUGUCUCCUGAAUGGGAUUUUUGGUUUU